AUGGCUCGCCCCAACCUCGUCACGCUCCCGUACGAUGUGCGCAUCAAGAUCUUUCAGGACUACUUCCGCGUGGAAGGAGGGUAUGUCUUCAGUAGCGAAUCUGAAAAGCUCACCACCGCUGACGGUCAACUGAUUGACUUCUCGUUGAUGUAUACCUGCCGCUCAAUUGCAAACGACACCAAACAUCUACGUUUUACGCUUAACAACAUCUCCUUCUCCACCUUCUUCUCACCUGAGUGGAGGGCUUGGGCUGGCCGCCACCAGUUCCUAUCGCACUUUCUUUGCAUUCUGAAGGCAGAUCUCAUUUAUCAUCUCCAAGGCACUGAAAUGCCUCCCGAACUGGAAUCGGCAUUACAAGAGAGGUUUCCGCAUUUGAUGCCGGAUUUUAAGAACCGUCUGGAGAGGGUCUAUAGCAGCCGUGGCUUUUUCAAGAAAGAUCCCAGUGGCCUCAGUGGCUAUGCCUUUCAAUACUGGGAGGAAAGUCAUGAUGUAGGCGACAUAAUUGGAGACUGGGGUGAUGAACGGCAACUCCGAGGUGUCACACUCAUCGAGGAUGCAUAUGCUGUCUGCUCCCCUUCAACUCACGCCAUGGGUCUCAUUGAAUUCUGCAAAUACAAUCCAAGGCUGAGAAUACAACGCCACAUCAAACUAUGCCGCCGCAUCCCUGCCGCUUUCCACCCCUGUUGGGAUCAUCUUGGAUACUACUGUGUUGGUGGACCCCAUCGCACUGAAUACAACGAUGGGGCAGACAUUAUUCCUGAGUAUGCAGUUAAAGGUAUUUCCAUAUGGCUAGAAGAAGCAAUCUUAUUGCCAGACGCCGGAAUGCCCGGCAACUCGUACACGCUUUGCCUCGAUGGAGAACCUGACAAACCCUUUUUUUCUGACAUCUUCCAGAAUAUCCUGCUUCGUCACGACGCUUCAAUUCAAGCCAGUCGAGAGCUGUUUCGAAUGCGUUCUCACCAAUUCAAUGGGGCACCUCCCUAUCGCCGGUGGCAGGGCGGUCACCUCUCAAAGGCACUCAAGUACUUGAUCGAUCAUCACUCUAUUUCGGAAAGUAUUGACAGCGUCCCGCUCAUCUGCUCCAAUUUCCAUCCCGGUCAGCCUCUUGAUAUCGAAAGCUUUAUCCAAGAACGUCUUGAAUGGGAAUCACAGGACUGGGAACGCGACGGGUCGAGAUUGUCUUUCCAUCUCAGACAGUGCCCUCCAACAUUUGGGCGCUGGAUUGACAAUUUAAUGGCUUACUACGAACGCCAGAACCAGCUCGAACCUUAA